AAAAAUAUAAAACCAAAAAGGAAAUUAAUAAUGCUAAAGAAGCACUUGAAAAUCAGGAAAAAGAAUUAACUAAAAUAUUAAAAAAUAAAAAUAACAUAGAGGAGACUGGAAUUGAUGCCUUGGUAUUAUUGGAACCAUUUCUGGAAGUUAUUCGAUCAGGAGAUACGAAUGGUCCAAUAACAGCAUCUGCUCUUGGCAGCGUGGAAAAAUUUUUGACGUAUGGGAUACUUAAUAUUAAUUCACCAAAUUUGCCAAUCGCAAUGUCAAUGCUUUCGUCAGCAGCAACACAUUGUAAAUUUGAAGCUAGUGAUUCUGUUUCUGAUGAAUUUGUGCUUUUAAAAAUCUUGCAAGUUUUACGAUUAGCUUUGACUUGCGAAGUGGGACGCGUUCUUAGUGAUGAGGCACUUUGUGAAAUGAUGGAAACUGGAUUAAGCAUGUGUUGUCAAAUGCGACUUAGUGAACCUGCAACAUGGCUACCUCAGGAUGAAGGAGAAGGUGACAGUGUGUCUUUUCAAGACUCUCAAGUGCGAAUGGCGCCACCUGAUCCAAAAUUACCACGCCUACCUCUUUCAUCAGAAUAUGAUAAUUUGCCUCAGAAUAAUAAUACUACUACAUUUGCUUCCCCAAAAAAUGAAAUCGUAAAAGAUUUAUCUCUGGAUGAUGCAAAUGAUGAUUUAAUCAAAUUGGAUAAAAACGGGGAGGAAGUUCGUAAUGAGGUUAUUCCAGAUCAGGGACAAGACGCUGUCGGUGGUCGCACGAUAGGACGUUUCGAACCUUUGCGUGCCCUUGCGGUUGAUGAAUUGUGCAAGUAUCUAUUUCAACUUGCACGAACGGAUAAUAUGUUACUUUUAUCACUCACUCUACGUGUAAUAUCGACUGUUUUUGGAACCCUUCGUCCAUAUCUUAAAUUACAACAAGAACUUUAUUUGUCGUUUCUCAUUGAACGUCUUACACCACCUGCAAGUAGUGUGAGAUCUCUGGCAUUUGAUGCAGAAUUUUCAAACACAAGCACAAAUGAUUCCCCACUGCAAUCUGGGACUUCUACUCCUAGUACUAAUCGCGAACGCAAUUUACGUGCCAGCGGUGAAACUGCAACUGCAACAGGCGAAGUGCGCGAACUUUUGCUAGAAUCACUCGGACAGUUUGCCCGGGAGCCUUCGUUUAUGGCUGAUCUAUGGGUUAACUAUGAUUGUGAUAUAGAUUGCGGUGAUUUAUUUGAAGAAGUUGUCAAAUUUUUGAGCAAGUCAUAUCCAUCUGCAUCAGACCUUUUGUUACUAAAACAGCAAAAACAAAUAUUAAGAGAAGGAGCAGCAAGAUUUAAUGAAAAUCCAAAAACUGGGAUUGAGUUUCUUCAAGCAUUUAGCACUGCGCCGAAUGAUGCUACUCUGCAAAAAGCCAUCACUGGAUUUCAUCAGUGUGCAUUAUUAUCUGCACAAUAUAAGUUAUAUGACGUUUUCGACUAUAUAAUUAUGUCUCUAUCUAAAAUGACUGGACUAUUAGGAGCUCAUUAUUCUAAUGAGACAGCUAACAAUCCAUUAGUAAAAUUUGGAAAUACAGAAAUUACAGUUAGUGAUCUUUCCAUACAAUUUGGACGAAAUUACAAAGGACAAUUGGCUGCUGUAGUUUUAUUCGCAGUUGCUAAUGAGCAUGGUAAUAUACUCAGAGAAGCUGGAACUACUACUAUCCCAUUAAAACCAAAAACCGCACCACAAUCUAAACAAGAAAGAUCUCGUGACAAUUCACUCUUAUCUGCAUUAUCAUCUUACCUAUUAUCACCCUAUUCAGGGAAUUAUGAAUCUUCACGUAGUGACCCUACGGAUGAAGAAAUAGAAUGUAGUAUGUGUACAGUAGACUGUGUUUCCGUAUGCCGUUUAGAAGAGCUUUUCGCUGAUAUAAGGUUAUUGGAGCAACCUUCACUUGAAUACCUCAUGAAGGCACUCAAAUUUAUUGCAGAUGGUAAUACUGCUACUAAGAUUGGUGAUACUAAGAUUGGAUAUCCUUCCUUAUCUCCAGCACCCAGUCCAACUACGUCACAAGCUCCUUUACGUGGUAGCUCAUAUGAUCCAGCUGCAGUGUUUUUCCUAGAAUUAAUGAUUAAUGUCACUUUACAAAAUCGGGAUCGGAUUCAGCAUUUAUGGUACUUUUUCCUACUGUGA